AAAUCCUUCAUACUGUUUUUCUAGAAAGGAAUAAUAUUUACGAGAAAAGAAAUUUCUAAUAGCUUUUCGUUAAAAUGGUUAACACGGAAGACGGGGAUAUUAACGAAGGAGUGUUAAAUUUAAUAAAUGAUAUUCAUUAUCGCAAUGUCAAAGGUAUAUAUGAUCCUACAAAAGUUAAGAAUACAACAAAAGCAAAUUACUUAUAUAUAUGUGUAUAUAUUUUGUUUUUCUAAAAGGAAUUUAAUGAAUAUAAUUACAAAAAAUGGAAAGUAUUUAGUGGAAGCUAUUCCCCUUGAAUUCUCUAUUGGAAAUAUGGUCCGUAGAAUACUACAAAUAAUUAGGGAAGAAUAUACUUCCGAAUUAAAAAAUAAUACCGAUGAAACAGAUACACAAGAAUCUCUACAUAAAAUUCUCACUGCUGAAGGUGAUCAGGAAGUUGAUUUUAACAUUUCUAUACCUUCUUUAAAAUCAGCUAUCAUAGAACAUAUUAAUGAAUUUGAAGUUGAGUUAGAAACCUGUGCAGAAAAUAUUACACAGCAAGCUUCUGAACACAUUCAUUCUAACGAAAUUAUUAUGACAAUUGGUAAAUCUACAUUAGUGGAGGAAUUUUUUAAUAGAGCAGCUAAAACAAGAGCUUUCGAAGUUAUAGUAGCUGAAGGAGGGCCGUCAUUAAGUGGUCAUGAAAUGGCAGUAAAUCUGUCAAAGGCAAAAAUCAAAACUACUUUAAUAUCAGAUGUAGCAAUUUUUGCAAUGAUGUCUCGAGUAAAUAAAGUAAUAAUUGGUACACAUUCUGUCAUGGCAAAUGGAGGAUUGAGAGCUAUUUCAGGUUCACAUACAGUUGCUCAAGCUGCAAAACAUUAUUCUGUCCCAGUAAUGGUUUUACUACCGCUGUAUAAACUCUCGCCACUCUAUCUUUACUCUCAUGAACAAGAUGGUUUUAACAAACAUAAUUCACCAUUGCAAGGUGUAAUUGAUGGCGCAAAUGCAUCUUUGUUAGAAAGAAUUCAUGUGUAUAAUCCAGUUUUUGAUUAUGUACCCCCAGAAUUAGUUACAUUAUUUAUUUCAAACUCGGGUGGAAAUGCACCAUCAUAUGUUUACAGAUUACUUAGUGAACUGUACCAUCCAGAUGAUUAUGAAUUAUAAUAGAUAAGUGUAGAAACAUAUUUAUACAUGUAUAUUUGUAAUCAAGCGCUUUUUUGAAAUAAUUGUCAAAUUCUUCCCAAGUCAAUGCUUUUAAUAAAAAAAAAAAAAAAAAAAAAAUGGGAUAGGAACCAUAGAUAUUUAAAAGCAA